AUGCAACUCCAGCUGGCCUCGUUGCAGCUAUGCAUUUCAUGUCGAAGCGUGCCGAGGUUGCACGUGAGAGUGGACCGCUCCACGCCUACUCCCCUGUGGGCCCGUCCUCCCGAGAGGGAGACUCGCCGAGCGAAGCAGCGGCGUGUCGGUCGUGUGCCUGUCGUUCAGGCCCGCGUGGUGACGUGGAAGCUCUCAUCUCAGAGGCUUGGUCUGAGCGGGGAGAGUUUGGCUUCGGUGCCAUGCUUCAUAUUUGGCAACCAAGGGAUCGACCAGGUGGGAGGCAUGAGGUGGCCACCGGCGAUCCAGACGUUGAUGUUUGCAGAUGGGUUCAACAGCCCCUUGGAGAACAUGACGUGGCCGUGCUCCCUGCGGGAGCUGAACUUGGGGAUAGAUUUCAACCAGCCGAUUGAGGCAGUUAAGUUGCCGGAGUCGUUAACGGCCGUGACCUUCGGCGCAAGUUUCAAUCAGCCGAUAGCCGCAGUCGUGUGGCCAGUAUCGCUCCAAGACUUAAGCUUCGGGUGGGAAUUCAACCAACCUUUGGGCGAGGUUGUGUGGCCGGCAUCUCUGCGAAAGGUUGGCUUCGGGCGGAACUUCAACCAGUCGAUUGCUGGACUCGUGUGGCCUUCGUCACUCCAAGUGUUAGACAUAGCCACGGACGUCAGUCUAGGUUUGGACCAGGCCGUAUGGCCGGCGUCUCUACAAUUUCUGACGCUUGGAGGCUUGUCCAACCAAUCCUCGCACCGGCUGGUGUUGCCAUCAUCGUUGCAAACGUUGAGUUUUCUCGGUGUAGUGGAUCACCCUCUGUACCAGUUCUCCUGGCCAGCAUCGCUGGAACAGCUCUUUUUUUUCAGGAGCAUCAGGAACGAGUCCCUUGACAGCGUAGUGUGGCCCGCCUCACUCAACAAUCUAUUCUUGGGCGGGGGCUUUAACCAGCCACUAAAUGGGGUGACAUUCCCCCGGUCACUUGUUAAGCUUGGAUUGGAAGUCUCGCAGGAGCUGGUUGGGUAG